GGACACCGAGCGACCCCGAAACGGACCCCCCGGCAUCGGGCGACCCCGAAAUCGUUGAGUUGGAUCCGUCGGCUUUGUUGGGUGAACCCCAAGAACCGUCACCGGGCGAGCGGAGCCCGGCUCACGAAACUCUCCGUUGGACGGUGGUGCAACAAAUCGAUUCUCCCGGCGCGGCGGUUGGUCGACGGAACGCUAAAAACGUUCCGGGUGGAGGUUUUUCGAAUUUUAAAAGCAUCAUCGUCCUCCAAAAAAGUUACGAAUGCGGCGAGUGCGGCAAAACUUUCAGCUGCAGCUCGCAUUUUAGCAAACACCGGCGCACCCACACCGGCGAAAAACCUUUCGUCUGCUUCCACUGCGGGAAAAGUUUUAACGUCAGUUCGAAUCUUUACCGGCAUCAACGCGCUCACGCCGCCGAACGAGCCGGAUCGACCGGUCAAACGCCGGCGUCGGCGCGUCCUCGCGGUUUGCCGUAUAAAUGCGAAGAGUGUGGGAAGAGUUUUCGGAGGAAUAAAGAAUUGGUGACGCAUCAACGGUUACACACCGGGAGGUUACCUUUCCAGUGCGGCGAUUGCGGGAAGAGUUUUUCGUGGAGUUCUCAUUUCGAUCGCCAUCAACGCGUCCAUACCGGUGAAAAACCCUACCAGUGUCCCGAAUGCGGGAAACGUUUUAGCCGAAGUUCUCACCUUUACCGGCAUCAACGUACCCACGCCGGCGGUCGUUCGUACAUCUGUACUUAUUGCGGGCGGAGUUUCGGUAGCACCCUCCAUUUCGAUCGCCAUCAACGAACCCAUACGGGUCAACGACCGUAUAAAUGUACUUUGUGCCGGAAAAGUUUUGGUGACGGCUCGGCGUUGGUUAAACAUCAACGCCUUCAUUUAGGCGACGGUCCUUUCCGCUGCGAAGAAUGCGGGAAAGUUUUCGGCGCGCGCGCUCA